AUGUGGGCAAUUGUCAUCAACCAUCACACUACUAUAAAUACGCACAAAUUCUAUUUGUUUAGGAAAGAUGCGAAUGAAAUUAGAGUUGAGGGACAAUGGGAUGGGCGAGUAGAUGGCGAGUACGAUGUACGCUGCUACAACGACGGGCAAGCAAUCUCCACAGGGAACCCUUUCUGCCCGUGGGCGAGCCCUGCCCCUAUCGCAUCUGCACGGGAAGGAAAUUCUGCAUGUGGGUAUGUGUUUGGGUAUGUAUCUGGGUAUCUGUGUGUGUCUUCUACAUAUGUGUGUCUACGAUGUGAUGUUCUGGUGGUGGAUGUCGAUAUAUAUGAUAUGUAUUAUACAUGUGUGUAUGUCUAUCCGCGGACAGAGGUAUUAAAAUUAGCCAUACCCAUGGCCUUCCCAAUGGGAAUUGGUGCGGGAAGUGGGGGACAAUUUAUAAAGGCAGAAGUAAAGCUCUCCAGUAUACGUAAUGUUUACGUAUUUUCUGAUUACCUAACUUCGCAGUUUCCGAAAGAAAGAAAGAAAAGAAGGAAUGUGAAAAUAGAAAAUUUACAAUAA